UAAUGAUGUCUUGCCCAGUCUCUCAAGAUCGAUCAUGACUGGGAGCUAACUUAUGAGUCGCACAUCUAAUCACAAGAAAAAUGGUGAAAACAAGGCAUUCUGCACCCAUAGAAGACGAUUGUGGGGAUGGGUUUAUCUCAUUGAGUCGUCGGAGGGGUGAGAGGCAACCUCAACCUAAAGAGGAGCCGAAUUUUAACUCUGGCAGCGAUGUUACUCCCACUCCAAAGAGUAAACGCCAACGGUUAAAUGUACCCGGGAGCUCAUCCGUUUCUACCGGAGAAAGUCUCGCCCAGACAAGGACACGGAGAAACCGAUCCUCGUUCUUAAUGGAUGAUGACACACCACUCACUACUUAUAGUCCAGUUCGGACGAGACGGUCAUCUAAGAAGGAGAUUCCAUCGGAAGACUUGACAAUUGACAACAUCCAUCUGGCCGAGUUUGAAGAUGAGGAUGGGGAGUUUGUGCCGAGACGCAGCAUGCGAGAAAGAAAACCAUUAUAUACCUCAAUGAACACCAACUUAAUUGUUAACCACAUGCUAUCUGCACCUCAAGGUGAGAAUUCUGGCAAGUCGAUUCGUAAAUCGGAUCAGAAGAAAGAAGAAGAUGAGGAGGAGGAAGUAGAGGAUGAAGAAGAAGAAGAAGAAGAAGAAGAUGGAGGAUUGGAGGAAGAGGAGGAGGAGGAGAGGUCUGGCCUUGAUAUGUACUCAAGAAUCAAGAGACGUCAUAUCGAGAGGCGGGCUCAGGAGCAUGCUGAGGAAGAGGAGGAAGAAGAGGAAUCUUCAGAUGGGACAGAGGAGAGCGAGGAGGACAGUUCUGAAGAAGAAGAGGAGGAAGAUCCCCCUACUAAGAAUUAUGGUUUGAGGCAACAUCGUCGCAUUGUACAGCGUUAUGAGGCUCCAUUGCAAGAGUCGAUUCGAAGGAAGCGUUCCAUUCGUCUGUUUGAUGGUCCACAGUCCCCUCUACGACGUCGAUUUCGAAAACACUCGAAACCUCUUACACCAAUCAGAAGUCCACAUUUCAAACGGAAGCACCACGCUACUCAUAACAGUUCUUCUACAAGUUCAGGAUCUUCAGAUGAUGAAAGACGAUUUGAGCGUCGUAAAAAGAAGAGUAUGGCAUUUAGUAGAAUGAGAUGUCUUCCAAUGAACAUGGUUCCUGACGAUGUCACCGGUGUGAAGAAAGACAGACAGAAAAUCGGCAGCAGUCUGGCGGAUGUUGACCCCAUGACGAUUGAUACAUCGGUAACUUUCGACAGUGUUGGUGGCCUAAACCAGCACGUCCAGUCUCUUAAAGAGAUGGUCGUCUUCCCUCUCCUCUAUCCUGAAGUCUUCGAGCGAUUCAAGAUCUCUCCGCCCCGAGGUGUCCUCUUCUACGGUCCCCCAGGGACAGGCAAGACCCUCGUUGCUAGAGCUCUGGCCAAUGAAUGUCGUCAAGGGGAUAGGAGGGUCGCUUUCUUCAUGCGGAAGGGAGCGGAUUGUCUGAGCAAAUGGGUUGGAGAGUCCGAGAGACAACUCAGACUUCUCUUUGACCAGGCUUACUUGAUGCGUCCCUCUAUCAUCUUCUUUGAUGAGAUAGAUGGUCUUGCUCCAGUCCGAUCUAGUCGGCAGGACCAGAUCCACUCCUCUAUUGUUUCGACACUACUGGCUCUUAUGGAUGGCUUGGAUAGCCGUGGGGAGGUCGUGAUCAUUGGAGCGACCAAUCGGAUUGAUUCGAUUGACCCCGCCCUACGUAGACCAGGAAGGUUUGAUAGAGAGUUCUCAUUUCCACUACCGUCUCAAGAGGCCCGUCGUACUAUACUUUCAAUUCAUACCAAAGAAUGGACCCCAAAGUUGUCUGAUGCCUUUGUCUGUGAGGUCGCAGAUAGAUGUGUUGGUUAUUGUGGAGCUGAUCUUAAAGCUCUCUGUACCGAAGCUGCCCUGCUCGCUCUCCGUCGUCAGUACCCACAAAUCUACGCUUCCAAAGAGAAACUUCAACUGGAUUUAUCUCAGAUUCAGAUGAGUGCAAGAGAUUUCUACCAAGCAAUGAAGAAGAUGGUACCAGCUGCGCAGCGCUCUGUUGUCUCUCCAGGGAGGGCGCUCUCCGUUGUGAUUAGACCGCUUUUACAAAAUCUAUUAAAUUCUGUUUUGGGACAGCUGAAAAGAAUCAUGCCGGAAGCAGUUAGUGAAAGCAACGUGGCUACUGGGCAAGGUUUAUCCGGUCCCUCCAACAUGCUCCUUGAGAUGCUGAAUGCCGAUGACUAUAGUGAUGAAGAUGCUCCUUGCAUCUUUGAGAAGUCGCCUCAGAACAAUGUGAGAAGAAAGAGGAGUGGAGCAGAGAGGGAAAGACCAUUUCAACCUUUUGUGGGAUUCUCCAGUUGUGCAUAUGAGAGGCCCUCGACCCACAGGCCUCGCAUACUUAUAUGUGGUGCUAAAGGUCAAGGUCAAAGUUCACAUCUCGGCCCAGCAAUCCUGCAUACCCUAGAGAAGAUGCCAGUCCAUCGGUUAGAUUUACCCGCCUUGUACUCUGUCAGUACCAACACCCCAGAAGAAUGUUGUGCACAGUUGUUCCGUGAAGCACGACGUACUAGUCCAAGCAUUAUCUACAUGCCUCAUAUAAGUCACUGGUGGGAGUCCACAAAUGAAACAACGAGGGCGACAUUUCUAACUCUCCUGGAGGACCUUCCGUCAAGCUCACCGGUUCUGAUUCUCGCGACCAGUGAGUUCCCGCUACAUGAAGUACCUGUUCAGGUGCGUGAGUUGUUUAGCAGUCAGAGAGACGAAGUCUUCCGGAUGCGACUUCCAUCUCCAGAAGAGAGACACGCCAUGUUCGAGGCCCUUAUUCUUCAUCAGGCGAGUAAACCACCACCAAGACAAAAAAAGGAAGUUGCCGUCAAGGCUCUACAAGUACUACCAGUGGCUGCAGCUCCAGAGCCACGUAAACUAAACGAAGACGAACGCAAGAAACUUGCUGAGAGGGAAGAGUCUACACUCAGGGAACUAAGAUUGUUUCUUCGAGACGUCCUCUCGCGUCUUGCCAACGAGAGAAAAUUCCGACAGUUCCUGAGGCCAGUUGACCAGGACGAGGUACCAGACUAUGUUGUUGUGAUUAAGAGCCCUAUGGACCUUUCAACGAUGAUGAAUAAGAUCAACCUGCAUCAUUACAACACCGGGAGAGACUUCUUAGAUGAUAUUGAUCUCAUCUGUAGGAAUGCCUUGGAGUACAACCCAGACAGAGAUCCAGGAGAUCGUGCAAUCCGCAAUCAGGCAUGUGAGUUGAAGGAUACAGCGUAUGCCAUCAUCGAAGCGGAGAUGGACAACGACUUUGAGAAGGAAUGUAUCGACAUCAAGGAAUCUCGUGUGAACAGAGGUCAAAGUCCAGCAAAGACAGCACCAGCUUUCUAUCGAGUUCUACCUCCUAGCCUGUUGCUAAAAGACCAGCAGCCACCAACGCUUGCGCCGAUUGGAAACGCAGUAAUCCAACCCAAGGUGAAGAACAGCAGUCCUCCAAAACUGCACUUCUCAGGGAGCAAAUACAUGGAUCCUUUCUCUCACUCCCAACCGAUUAAGAAGAGAAGAACUUCAAGAUUGAGGGGCAGAUGGAACAGAGGUCUUAUUCCGUACAAGAAGAAAUAUCCCAAGAAAAAAAUACCAGACUCUGAGAAUUCACCCAAGACCGUGGAAGCAGCUGAAGAAAAUAAUGUCCAGAAGAGUGUGAAUGAAGAAGAAGCAGAGGAGGGAGGAAUUAUGAGAGAAAAGGAAAGUGGUGGAGACAACAACGGCCAAGCCCAAGAAAGUGUCAGUGAUAGUGAUCAUCUUCCCAAACUACAGCCUCAAGAAAACGGACCUCUUGAAAAUGGAAUUGAUACAGACUCAACGACUGAUCAACCCAAAGAAAGUCGGCCAUCGCGGUCGACGUCGGAAAACUUGUGUAGCGAUAAUGAAAGCAUUAAGAGUGGGGAGACAUUCCGGUAUACUAGACCCAUGCGUACUACGCGGUUACAAUCUACUACCAGUUCACAUUCCGAUCCUAACCCUACUUCUCCAAAGCCUACCUCAAUACCUGUCGCAAUACCUGCAAUCAAUGGAAUUGACAGAACUGCCAGCGACGUAGCUGAAGAUAUGGACACUGUUGAUGUUAGCAAUGAGGGUCAGAACAGUUGUGAGAAUUCCAGAAACGAUGCAUCAUCAGAACAAAACAAUACGGUAGUCUUCCAAACGGAAUCGAAAGAAAGUGUAGUUGAACAGUCGCAGGAAGCAACUACUGAGGAUGGAAAGGCGAGUGUAAAUGAAAAAGGAGGCUCGUCGGAAAAUGAAGCAGCCAUGAUUCCAGGGUCCUCAGUCCAGCGAAGAAUGACUCGUAGAAUGUGGGCCGACAUAACAACGCAAAAAGCUGUGGAGAUUCUGCAGGAUGUGACCUAUGACCUCAUUGUGGAUCAUAAAAGAUUAGAGGCCUUAUUAUCAACUAUUGUACAGAAGACAAGUGGUUGUAACGUCGACACUCUUGAAAGACUUUUCUGUGUCCUAAGUCAGUGUGUUUAUUCUCACAGGAUGGAGUAUGAUAAGACACAACUUAUAACGGAUAUGGAGAGUGAAGUGUUGCAGUUUGUUCGGAUCUGAAGGAAGUUUUAACGAAGAAGACAAGGAUGAUUGUAAAAACUCUAUUUUAAUGAUGUCCAUAGUUUGUACCAACCCAUGAUAUUCCUCGGUUAGAUUUCACAAAGUGCUAGGAUUCAUCUUAAAGGUGGGUUGUCGACAUUGCCAUAGUGAGUUUAUUUGGGUUGCAUGGUUGGCUUGUGCGUAAAGCGCUCGCCUCUCACCAAGGUGACCCCGGUUCGAUUCCCGUAAAGUGCUCCGCUCAGAUUCCAGUAAACUCUUGGGGUGUACCAAAGUCAGUGGUUCAUGCCAGGCAUGUAAUUUCAUCUUCGAGAGGUCAAGGCCAUUUUCAGUUCAUAAAGGGCAAUUCCAUGGAAAGUCUUGAAGUCUACAUGAAUCUUUUGAAGGGGCCCUUAGGCCAAGACCAUGAGCAACAGUCUCCGCGUAAUUCAAAGCCAACAAUGUAAUAUACUAAAUGCUGCCAUUUGUGUGUAGAGCGCCCUCAUCUAGUUCUCAAUAAAUGUUUUAGCAUUAACCUUAUGGUAAUUAAAUUCGCUCGGCCCCAGCGGCCAGUCUAUUCAGGACCGCUGGUAUGGGCUAAUCGCUUGCACAGAUUCUUGUUCAGGAAGUAUGUUAUGCGUACAGUGCAAUGAAAUAUGGCGCAGUGUGAGUGUGAUGCAUGAUGGGACUGCGCAUUAUUAAAUCGAUGAGUGUGCAUGAUGCGUUUGCCCAUCCCAGCGCCUUUGGUUAAUUAAAUUGCUUGUUGUGGAUGGAAGGGCAUCGAGUGCAUCAAACAACCCUACCUCAUUUUUACGAAAUCUGUCGGCAAGAAGUUAAAAGUCUCAGGGGGACUGUUUUUGUACUGUUUUUUUUUUAUUUAAAGCAAAUUGUAGAUGGGUCUUGUCAAAACUUUGUUGUUAGGAGUGAACAAAUCAAGAGCUAGGGAAUGGGGCUAGGAAAAGGGAUUUAUGAAAUGGUUCAUUAUUUUAGCGUCAAUAUUUCAUUAAUGUUUUCGAUGUGGUCUUUUGAAUCUUGAGUAUGGUCCACAGAUGUUGGAAACUAGCCCUGGAAACUGCCUUAAAGACUCUCUGAUAUUAUUUGAAAAUUUGAAAAUGCCCAAUGCAUAUGCAUGUAUUCUGUUGUCAAUUUUGGGGUGAAAAUUUACAAUUACCUUAAUAUUGGGGGGGGAGAGAAGAAUCCCAAGUUAAUAUAGACUUUGUAGGAGAAUUUCUACCAUAAUGCAAACAAACUAUAAUGUUGUAGGUAUAUGUAAAUAAAGUGAUUUAUUAACCUUAAAACUAUUGAGAGGUUGUUUUUGGAAUUGUUAGUUUUGUUUUUCCACUACCGGAAAACGCUGAAUACAGUAAAAUACACUCCACUUUAUGUGUGUGAAAUGUUUUAAACACUGUCCUAAAAGAAAGGUUUACAUGAUUUAUCCUGCGGUAAUAUAUAAUAAUUUAAGGUAACUUAAGAAGGGGGAAAGUAUAGUGUGUUUGAAUCUUUAUCUUGGUAAUUUGCGUGGUGUGGGGGUGUUUGGGGUUGAUUGGUUUGGAGGGUUGGUGUAAUCGGGCAUUUUACUUUGGGGGUAGGGUGAACUAUUCAACUUUCACAUU